AUGCGGCCCACCCGGAGUGCGCUCUGGGUGCGCCUGGCAUUGUCACUGGGCCUGGCCCUCGUUUGCCACCUGUCUGUGGGGUUGGCCUCGGCCCGGGCCCCCAUCUAUGUAAGCAGCUGGGCCGUGCAGGUGUCCGAGGGUUACCAGGAGGCCGAUCGCCUGGCGCGCAAAUUCGGCUUCGUCAACAUGGGGCAGAUCUUCCCUGAUGGGCAGUACUUUCACCUGCGGCACCGAGGCUUGGCCCAGCAGUCCCUGACCCCGAACUGGGGCCACCGCCUGCGCCUGAAGAAAGACCCCAAGGUUCAGUGGUUUGAGCAGCAGACUCUGCGGUGGCGCGUGAAGCGCUCCUUAGUGGUGCCCAUGGACCCCUGGUUCUCCAAGCAGUGGUACAUGAACAACAAGGUGCAGCCGGACCUAAACAUCCUGCAAGUCUGGAGCCAGGGGCUGUCGGGCCAGGGUAUUGUGGUCUCUGUCCUGGAUGAUGGCAUUGAGAAAGACCACCCAGACCUCUUGGCCAACUAUGACCCCCUGGCCAGCUAUGACUUUAACGACUAUGACCCGGACCCCCAACCACGAUACACUCCCAGUGAUGAGAACCGGCACGGGACCCGAUGUGCUGGGGAAGUGGCAGCCAUAGCUAACAACAGGUUCUGCGGUGCAGGCGUUGCCUACAAUGCCCGAAUAGGAGGCGUGCGCAUGCUGGAUGGUACCAUCACUGAUGUCAUUGAGGCCCAGUCACUGAGCCUGCAGCCACAGCACAUCCACAUCUAUAGUGCCAGCUGGGGCCCUGAAGACGAUGGCCGAACUGUGGAUGGUCCAGGCAUCCUCACCCAAGAGGCUUUCAGGCGUGGCGUGACCAAGGGCCGAGGUGGGCUAGGUACGCUCUUCAUCUGGGCAUCUGGUAAUGGUGGGCUGCAUUAUGACAACUGCAACUGUGAUGGCUACACCAAUAGCAUCCAUACACUCUCUGUGGGCAGUACCACCCAGCAGGGUCAUGUACCUUGGUAUAGUGAGGCCUGUGCCUCCACCCUCACCACCACCUACAGCAGUGGCAUUAUCACCGAGCCCCAAAUUGUCACCACGGACCUGCACCACCAGUGCACUGACAAACACACAGGCACCUCGGCCUCUGCCCCACUGGCUGCAGGCAUAAUCGCUCUGGCUCUGGAGGCCAACCCGUUUUUGACAUGGAGGGAUAUGCAGCACUUGGUGGUUCGUGCAUCCAGGCAGGCACAUCUUCAGGCUGAGGACUGGAGGACCAAUGGUGUGGGGCGCCAAGUGAGCCACCACUAUGGCUAUGGGCUGCUGGAUGCUGGGCUGCUGGUAGACUUGGCUCGCAUGUGGCUGCCCACACAGCCCCAGAAGAAAUGCGCCAUUCGAGUCCUCCACACCCCCACCCCCAUCCUGCCGCUGAUGCACGUGAGAAAGAAAAUGUCAGCCUGUGCUGGCCGUGCCAACUACAUCCGCUCACUGGAGCAUGUGCAGGUGCGGCUGUCACUGUCCUACAGCCGCCGUGGGGACCUGGAGAUCUCACUCACCAGUCCCAUGGGCACCCGCUCCACACUCGUGGCCAUUAGACCCUUUGACAUCAGCGGCCAAGGCUACAACAACUGGAUCUUUAUGUCCACCCACUUCUGGGAUGAGGACCCACAGGGUUUGUGGACCCUGGGCCUGCAAAAUAAGGGCUACUAUUUCAACACAGGGACGCUGUACCGCUACACACUGCUGCUCUAUGGGACGGCCGAGGAUAUGACAGCACGGCCCCCAGGCCCCCAGGUGACCAACAGCGCGUGUGUGCAGCGGGACACAGAGGGGCUGUGCCAGGAAUGCCACAGCCCCGCCUACAUCCUGGGCCACCUCUGCCUCUCCUACUGCCCAUCAUAGUGCUUCAGUCACACCCAGCAAACAGUGACCACUGGGUCUGGGUGCCCAGUUACACCCACCCUGCGGUGCUCCAGCUGCCACUUUUGCUACAUCUGCUGAGGCAGCUCCUCACUCAACUGCACCACCUGCUGCCCACCAUACAUACUGGAUCAACAUGGGGGCUUCUGCAGGCCAUGCAUCUUCUCCAUGGGCUGCCUGCUCCUCUGGUAG